AUGGGGCGCUGGAACGGGACGCAUCUGCGGUUCGUGAGCCCGCGGUCGUUUCCCCCUUUCCUUACGCGCCUCGUCGAUCGCGAUGGCCGGAUCACGCUGUACGGCAUUUUCGGCUCCCUUAUGUCCAACCUCACGAGCGUGAUGGGUAUCACGUAUGAAGUCACCGUGACCUCAGAUGGGGAAUACGGACUGUCCCAUUCUGAACCAGAUAAGUUCACUGGCAUGCUUAGAUCGCUUCUCCGGAACGAGGCCGACGUUGCCGUCUCGGGUUUCUUCCCCGACCCCAAUAUAUUCAAGCAUCUGCGAUACGUCCCUUACACCCAUCAGACCUGGACGGUCAUGUGGACAGGUAUGAGGACGGCUUUUGAGACCACUCCCACCCCCUACGUCAAAGCCUUCGAAGCGCCAGUCUGGCUUCUUCUCUCGCUUUCGAUUAUUGUCUUGACGUUGUUCCAUUCCCUGGAGGCCUUCGUCCUCCGCCAGCAGAGACUGGGUGUCAGGGAGAUCUUCGAGAAUUUCCUCAGGGUUUCUCAAUCCUUGCUACAAGAAGCUUCGAAAAAUCGGUAUUCUGGCACAGAUCGGAUCCUGGGAGGGGCUUGGAUGUUGGCCACUUACGUUCUGAUGCAAUAUUUCACCGGCGACUUGAAAGCGAAUUCAGUUCUCCAAUCUCCGACCCUCCGAAUAAACACCGUCGAAGACGUCUACGCGCAUCGAAAAACGCACAGGUUGAUGUACCCGAUACAAACGCCAGUCGAGGACGAUCUCCGAGCCUUCAAGGGAGAAUUGUUGGAGAAAAUGGAAAUUGUGUUGCGCGAAGGAGUACCACUGAGAGUUGAACAGUAUUUCAAACCGGAAGACCUCAUGCUUUUGGUUGAAGAAAAGGCAGUUCUCUCUGGCGAAGAAUGGGGCACCAGCUACGCCAUAAGUCAUUUUUGUAAAACGACCGACAAAUUUUACUACAAAUCAGAUGAAGGCUUUCCACGACAUUAUUUCGCCAUGGUCAUGGCGUCUCAUCUUGAGAAAGAUCUGACCGAUGAGAUCAAUCGUCGAAUUCUUAUCAUCACCUCCAUGGGAGUCCCCUUCGUCUCAUCCAGGGACGUUCACCCUGGUGGCUGGAGUUGUGUGGUGACCGAUAGAAACAACGUUUUUGCUGCUGACCCUCUCGGGUUCGCCGAUAUGCUCUUCACCCUGAUGUCGCAUCUCGUCGCCUUGUCGAUGUGCGUCGCAGUACUAGCCGCGGAAAUAUGCCAUUCGAUGUAUUCAAAUUGGAAGCUGGGUUUCAGCAAAAUUAUAUAUCCCCGAGAAUGA